CGCGUCAAGGGAGCAGGAACGGUCGGGAAUCAGAGCCGCGGCGUCCGGCGCGAGGAGGCGCGGAGCGGGGACCGGGGCUGCGGGGACGGGGCCGCGUGGCGCCGGGCGGGGGAGGGGAGUUUUGAAACGGCCGAAGGAGCUCCAUCAGGGGGAGCCGGGGUGAGGAAGAGGGAGGUAGAAGACAAAGCUGACGAGUGGGGCCCGCCUGGCGGUAUAUAUGGCUGAAGGCUGACAGCCUGACACCGCCGCGCCGUCCUCUUCCCCGGUUCCCCCGGCCCGCGCCGCCUUAACCGGCCGUCCGCUCCCCGUGUCAGCCCUCGCACUUCCGCCGCCGGCGUCGACUCGCCGCGCUCCUCCUCCGCCCUCAGCUGGUUUCGGAUUGGCGCGGAGCGGGCGAAUCCGUCCACGCUUGUGAUUGAUUUUUACCCUUGGUGCAAGCAACAUCAAACCAUUUCCAGUAGGCUUAUGGAUGCUUUAAUUUCAAGUUUAAACAACAUGGAGAUGGAAACCAGUCAGACUUCAGAAUUGGUAAUUCAACAUAAGCCAGGACCAGAGGUUAAUCAAAAUCCUGUGCAAAAUGAUUUUAACCCAGAAAAGGAAACUGAUGAGCUUCCAGGGUCCAAGGUCAAUGAAGAGCCAGUGGAAACAUGUCAGGACACAGUGGUGGAAACUGAUGUCAUCCCAGAGAAGAAAGCGGAACCGGAAGCAGGAUUGGAGGUUAAUCAAAAGCCUACUGAAACAUGGCAGGAGAAAUCUGUAGAAUCUGAUGUUAAUCCAGAAAAGCGAAUUCCUGAUCCGGGUGUUAUUUACCGCUGUAAUAAAUGUCGGAGGAUGCUUGCAACUCAAGAAUUUGUUGUUACCCAUGAAGUGGGCGCAGGUGGGAAGAGCUUCAACAGAGGCAAACAGUCAGAUGAUGAUGACAAACAAACUGAAUGUCCCUGCAUCUUUGUGGAGCCGAUGAAGUGGAUGCAAACUGUGGAAGAAGGAUAUGUUGCGAAUAAGCUCUUCUGUAUGGGAUGCAAAGCUCGUCUGGGACAAUUCAACUGGGCUGGUAUGCAGUGCAGCUGCGGAGCCUGGGUGAUUCCAGCGUUUCAGCUGACUAAAAGCAAGAUUGACGAAUGCUCAAUGUAACCACACAAUCAAGUGAAGCUUUGAUCCCUUAGCAGUGAUGUUACAACUUACAACAUAUAUAUGUAGCUAGGAAAUAGUAUCGGCUAGCCUUCUAUAGCCAGUCUGGUGAAGCGGUUAUCAGUAGUUUAAUUUUCUGAUCUCAUCCAGAGCAUCAGUGCUUUGAUUUCACCAAGCUGCAACAACUGAACAAACCCGGAAGCAUUAGGCAGGCCUUAAGUUUACUGAUUGGUUUUGUUACUCCACGUCUCUACUGGAGGACCUUGAACUCGUCUCUUUGGGUAUGAUAUGGUCUCGUGAGGGGAUCUGUUGUCUUGAGAUGGGUAUGAUCAAUAUGAUGAGUGGAUCUAUUUUCUUGCUGGUAACAUGAUAGAGAUUGCCUUUGAACUUCGUUGCGAUAUGCGUGUUAAGCUGUUAGUUUAUUCAGCAUAAAUACAUCUGCUCGGACUUUA